AUGGCGUAUAGAUUAAGAAUUUACAACAUCCCUUGUUUCUACAUUACCGCAUUCGUGAUAGUUUCUGAAUAUUUGAAGGUUUCGUUUGCACUUCGUAAAUGGGAACGAAAAGAGACCUCCGACGAUGCGGUUCUAGAUACGAGUGCUUUGCACUGUGAAUAUUGUGACCCGUGGUCUGAGUGGAGCGUAUGCAACGGGAACAAUGAACAGUUCAGGCUUAGAUGGUGUGUGUUUAAGAGAACUAACGCGCCCGUCAUGAAUCCAAACAACCCAAUGGGUGUACCUAGAGAACCUUUGGAGCGGCUUCAAUUUAUAGAACACAGACCACGGCGGCAUUCAUCACCGGAUGCAGCGGUGGAGUUGUCUUUGAAGCACGCUAAUUGCACGGAUUCAUUGUUGCCACUUGAUGUUUGUGGCCAAAAGCAGUCGGCGACAGGCCCAGUGCCCCCAUUUAAUAGUACAAACAUCGGACAACAACGUACAGACGUGCGAAAUGAUCAAGAUACAUACAAGGAUUCUGAUGUGAGUCCCAAGGUUGGCCAUGCAAGAUUAGAAACUGAACAUAAAAUGUUACAAGAAAAGAGUGCAUUUAACCUUCAACAGCCACGUUGCCAACUGGAACUCAACAAAAUGGGUAGUGAUAUAUAUACGCGGAGGGAACUGGCUAAGACAGAACGGCAGGAAGCAAUUUUGCGUCGAGAAGUUACACUAAAACGUUACGGCGACCUCUGCGCAGGUGUGCUUUCGGCGUUGGAUCCUCACAUUCUAUCUCAAAUUGAGGAGGAUAAAAGGCGUGCUAAGGUGGAAUAUGACAGAGCCGAUAAUGCGUUGAAACAACAGAUAUUGAAUGCUAAGGUUGAAGAUGAGAGAGCUAUGGCAAAUAUCUCAGUGAACAACACACCUGGUAACGCUAUAGUUGAUAAGUUGCGUAGUGAUAUUUAUAAACAGAGGCAGUAUUUUAGGGAAGAACGUGAAAAACUGGAAUAUAAUCGGGGAGUUGCGCUAAAGCGUUAUGACGACCUCUGCGCAGGUGUGCUUUCGGCGUUGGAUCCUCACAUUCUAUCUCAAAUUGAGGAGGAUAAAAGGCGUGCUAAGGUGGAAUAUGACAGAGCCGAUAAUGCGUUGAAACAACAGAUAUUGAAUGCUAAGGUUGAAGAUGAGAGAGCUAUGACAGUUUUCAAUGCGGAGUCGAGGCGUUGUGCAAUGGAAUUAGGGUUGGGGCAUAAUGUUAAGGAUACAUCACAAAGAGACAUACGCGUUGAAGCACGACUGAAUAAUAAUGUUCAAAAGAUCGAAGAACAAAUAGAUGAUGCUGAUACAUUGCGUCCCGAAAAACGUAAAGCUGUGGAAGAAGGUACUUACGACACACCCAAUAGUGAUAAUAAACCGCACAAUAACACUAUGGAAGGGGCAUAUAGUAGCAAAAAGCAAGACCAAGACGUAUCUGGAGAUCUGCAUGCAACAUCAAACCUGGCAAAAUCCGAGGAAUUGCUGGUGAAUGACGGACCCACCAAAACUGAUACAGAUAAGUUUAGUCAUGAUCCGGCAAAGCAACAUCCUACGGGACCCACAUCCGUUUAUCAGCGAAAUACAGUUGAUAUAUACGAGAGGGAUGACGCUGUGCAUGAAAGUGCUGACGAAUCUGGAACCUUAUCAGACGGUACAUCUAACACAUCGAAGACAGUGAUGAAUGCGGAUCUGUGGAAGACGCCUGCGUCAGUAACUGAAAAGAGGCGAAUCAAGUCAACUUCUACGGACAAUUCAGCUGCUUCGAAGAAUGACACUCAAGGCGUACCAAAGCACGGUAACAAUUCCGAAGCUCAGGUACUAGCCGGCAUAGCCAAAAAAGUUGCUCAUUUCGAUGGUCCAAAACAGAGGCGGUUGGUAGAAUCUAAAAAGGACGGGAAUAGAUAUAUUAUGGAUUUGGCGCAUGAUACUAUAAUCACCAAUGGUAAAAGAAUAGGAACAAGCCAGCCACUGCACUCAAAAUGGCAUCAGCGGCCACUAAUUGAACAUGCACAAACGGGAUUGGGAGCAUCGCUAAAAGAAAACACAAGUAUAAGAUCGCCACAAGCUUCGGCGAACGUAAAAAGCGUUAUGUCCCACAGAAGCCCUAAUCAUACAAUCUCACAACAUAGCAAGGGUCUUACAGAAGGGAAAACUCUUCCACUAGACACAGACGAGCGGAAGCAUUCAGAUAAUCCAUAUAAUGGUGGAACAGAUAGUGUUGUAUUAAAAAUAACGCCAAGUAGUACAGGAAACGCGGACAAAGAUAUCAAUGUACAAACGAUGCUAGCACCAGCUACUGCUGAAAAGUUUAUCCCGAAAAGGAUUUAUCGACAAACAGUUAAGAUGGCUGGCGCUGGAAUUGCUGUUUUACUAAUACUCACAGCCGGCUCCGCUGUUUACAUCAAAAAGAAACGGUAG